AUGGCCUAUAUAUCAGGGUUAUCUGAGAUAAUAUGCCAUAAAGUAUUAAUACUUGGUGGGAGGGAAUUUAAAGAAAGGACUGUAAGGGUAAGGGAGAAUAGAAGAGAUGGAACUCCUGCAUCAAAUAGUGAAUUCAGUGAAGAAAUGAUGGACAUUCGCAAAGAAUGUGUCACUUUACAUGAGGAAAUGGUGUUUCUGAAAAAGUAUAGCUCCCUCAACUUUGCAGGUACAGUCGCUAUAUAUGUUGUAUUUCGAAAGUAUAACUCAUCCCUUCUUUACCACAGAACCUCUUAAGUCUUACAACAACUUGCAGCACAUCAGUCCUUCUUUACCACAUAACCUCUUACCAGAUUAGAACGGGAGUGUGAGGCGAAUCUAGAGCUCCUUUUCCCAUUAGAGGAGGAAGUCACUGAACCAAUAUCUGGUCCUCAGAAUCAAAACCGAACAGAUCCUGCAUCCUCUAAUACAUCUUCCUUAGGGGAUGCAUCCCAUGAUAUAUACCGUAGUACCCUUUCUGCAAUCAGAACCAUACAAGGCCUCAGGAUAAGUUCAACGUAUAAUCCAUUGUCUUUUGCUGUAAUAUUUAAGGACCAAGAAGAUGAACGCAGUGGAGCUGUAACAGCUGAGAACUCUCCUUCCAACAAUAACCGUGCACAACCUUCAGAUAAUGACGAUACCGCUGACCAAGAUGAUAUCGGUUUAGCAGAAUCAUGA